GAUGUAUAUUACUAAUGUGUAUUCCCCCGUCGGCGGCCCCUUGAUCUCGUAUUACGAUAGAGCGACACGGUAUUAUUAUCAUACCACGCCGGUAUUAUGACAAAGUUAGGUUGAAAUUAUUAUAUAUCGAUGAUUGUGAAAAUGGAUUACAUGAAUUCUGUGAUUCUGACCAUUCCCUCGUGAUUGGGGUAAAACAGUGAAUGGAAUUUACUGUCUGUCGCGGUGCUACGCUGUAUACUGUGUGUCGUGGCCUAUACUUAGAUGCUGGGAAGAAGUCUCCCGUCAUGUUUUUGUGUGCUGUGGAUUAAAUGAGUGAACUGACUGCACAUACUACACAUCUACUUAUUGGUUCUGUGUGGCAGUCUUGUCCCCCCUCCUUCCCGAUGCCCUCCCCGGUACAGGAGUGUCGACUUUACCCCCGUUCUAAAUGCUCCGGUCGCAUCGGCUGAUGUCCACACCAAAUCCAAUUCUUACCUACAUUGUUCUCUGGUCCGUGGUCAGCGCUGUCUGUGUCCUCUCCCAGGUUUUAAGCAAAGAUUUUGGUAUCCAGUUAUAUGAGAAAAAUUUGACAUGGUUAGCGUGUCCUGAAGGGUGGAGUAAAAUUGGAAGCACAUGUGCCCUAGUUUUGGCAGAAUUAGCAACAUUUACUCAAGCAGAAUCAUUAUGUCAAAGUUAUGGAGGCUGGUUGCUGAAAGUCGAGGGAUUUAACCAGAAUCAGCAGGUUGGAACUUUGAUAGAAAAUGUGCAAUAUCAACAGAGACAGGCAUUUGCGUCCCUGGAGGGGUGGGACAAUGACUCUUUCUGGAUCGGCCUGUACAGAGAUGGCGACGGCUUAUACCACUGGCAGGACGGCCAGGUAACACAUGUAGAACAGGGUUUCUGGACCCUGGACCAACCGUUGGGCUUUCAGCAAGGUCUCAAGCAGUGCGCUAGUAUUGGUGUGCGUACUGUGACAGACUUUGGUAAAUAUCGCUGGUCUUUGAGACCGUGUGAAGACAAACUGCCAAGUGUGUGCCAAACUCGGACAUGUGCAGAGCAGCAGUAUCGCUGUCAAGAUGGAAGCAAGUGCAUCAGUUCUGAUUGGUUGUGUGAUGGAAUUGCCGACUGUCUGGACCAAUCAGAUGAACAAAAUUGUUCAGGUUACUGUGGCAAUACUUAUCAGGGAAAAAAAGGAACAUUCCAAUCACCGUAUUAUCCUCAUCAUUACCCCCCCUUCUCAUCCUGUCAAUGGAUCAUACAUACCCCUCUUGGAACAAGAGUCUAUAUACAAUUUGAAGAUUUUAACCUAGAAAAUGGAUAUGACACCGUUAGCAUAUAUGAUGGACGCUCCACGUUAGAUCCGCUGGCCGGAAUCUACAGUGGAAGCAGCCACCACAACAUUUCCUUCCUCUCCUCGUCUAACAGUCUCUUAGUCCAGUUCCACUCGGACCAGGACAAUCAAACUACAGGCUUCAGGGCAUCCUGGUUUGAAGUCGUUAUUGAGGACUGUGGGGGCUCAUUGAAUGCCACAUCACAGUAUCAGUGGGUGACCUCCCCUGGCACUAACCCGUAUGCCAAAAACUUGAUCUGUGACUGGAUCAUCACUGCUCCACAGAAUCUGAUCUCCUUACAGUUUGAGGACCUGUCCCUGGGUGCCGGGGACUGGAUUGAGGUGCGGGACGGGGACUCUGAGAAUGGGGCCCUGUUUGGGAGGUACAGUGGGGAGGCCCUGCCUCCGGUCAUCAUCUCCACAGGUCACAAAUUGUUUGUCAGGUUCGUGUCAGACAAGGAGAAUCCUGGGAGGGGCUUCAACAUUUCGUACAAAGCAGGGUGCAAUGAUAUCAUGAUAAACAAGGAGGCUGCCAUCAUCUCAUCCCCGGGCUACAGACUGGGCUCCUCCUUCACUUACCCACCGAACCUACAGUGUUCCUGGCUCAUCAACAACCCUGCCGACAAAGAACUGACCAUUGUGUUCGACGACAACUUCGAUACUGAAGUGGACUUUGACAUUUUGACUAUCAUCAAUGGGUCAUCAAUGAUGGAGGCUGGAGCGGUGAAGCAGAGUUUUUCUGGGACCAAUGGGCCCCCUGUCAUACGUUCAUUGAGAGGCCAUUUCAACAUUAGUUUUACCUCUGAUGACCUUGUAUCAAGGCCGGGCUGGGGGGCUACCAUAUCAUAUGAUUGUCCAGUGUUGCAUAAACUGUCAGACAGCAUACAUAUAAGUAGUGGGAGACUGGAGUUCGGAACAAGUGUGACCUUUACCUGUGAUACUGGCUACCUGUUGGAAGGGGCCAGAACUCUGAUCUGUGAUAUCAAUGGCACCUGGUCCGAUCCCCCGCCAGUCUGUAAAAAAAUCAAUUGUGGAUCGCCGGUUGUUCCAGAUAAUGGAGGUAUAGUGAGUUCCAACAGCUCGUACUUCACCGGACUGGUACACUACAGGUGUAAUGUGGGGUAUUUUUCACAAGAUGAGUUGACCUCCAGGUGUCAGAAAAAUGGUCAGUGGAGUUCAGUCCCAAACUGCCAAAAAAUUAGUUGUCCAAAGGUAGGCAAUUUACCGAAUGGAUAUAUUGUCAACCACUUCGAUCCCUCAUAUGGCCAGAAAGUCUUCUUUCAGUGUCAUGAGAACUUUCGCCUCAUUAAUGCCUCAGAAAUCAUUUGUGGAGAAAAUGGGCAGUGGUCAUCCCUGCAGCCCCACUGUGCUUAUCCCCUAUGUCCGUUCUUGUCAAUACCAAACGGAUACACUAGUGUCAUACAACCUGAAGGGGGUACAGACGUACAGGUCCACUGUAACCCAGGCUAUCGACUGUACGGCUCUCCAAAUGUCACCUGUAAUUGGACUGGCACAUACCUGUCCAGUCCCCCCUCUUGCAUAGAUAUCAAUGAGUGUGAGGAUAAGGAUCUAUGUCACCCACACAUGUGUCAGAAUGUGAUGGGCAGCUACCAGUGCAGGUGUUCUCAUGGUUACAGGAAACUGAGCGAGACCUCCAACACAUGCUAUGAUAUUGAUGAAUGUGAGAGAGCAGACACCUGUGACCAUCACUGUAUAAACACCAAUGGGAGCUAUAUGUGUGAGUGUAACGACGGCUUCAAACUGUUCCAGGACCCCAAGGUCAUUGUGCUGGAACAGAGAGUCAUCAUCCCAAACAAAACCUGUAUAGUGACUUGUCCUGCAUUCAAUGUGUCCAAUGGAGGGAGGGUGUAUGCUAACACGACCCGGCUGUCGGACAAUACCUACGUCUACCCCACCUCUCUCUUCAUCUACUGUCCGUACGGAACCCUGCCUCUGUGGAACGCUACAACGGUUUAUUGUCAGGCCAACGGAACUUGGUCUCACAAUAUAGAUCACUGCACAGAUCAAGUAUGUGAGGCACUGGUCCCCCCACAGAACGGCUCGGUGUACUAUGACAGUGAGGUGUACGGACUAGGUACCAUCGCCACCUACAACUGUUCGGACGGCUACUUCCUGGCCGGGACCCCCAAGAAGCAGUGUAUGUCUGACGGAAGGUCACUGUUCUGGAGUCAUGGUGUCUCAAAUGUCACUUACUGCCUACCAAGGAUGUGUGUGAGACCACCCGAGCCAAUGAAUGGAUAUGUCAACUACACAGGUCUCUUUCUGGGAUCCACUGCCACGUAUAGUUGCAAGUGUGGAUACAAGUUGAUAGGGUCAAAGGUUAGACACUGUCAAGGCAACGGAAUCUGGAGUGGUAAUGGGACCAUUUGUGUGGACAUGGACUGUUCCAAUCCAACACCCCCCUCCAACGGAGCAGUGUACAGUAGCACCAGGAUGAGUUACUUUGGUAGUCGGGUCUCAUACACCUGCCAGAAAGGCUACUCACUCAUAGGUUCAUCUUACUCCACAUGCUCCCUGCCUGAGCAGUCCAGCCUGCCAGAUUUUUUGCUGCUGUUGAGAGUCAGAUUCAGGGCAGAUAACAACAUAAGUCCGGAGUGCGCUUCGCUGUACCGUGCAGAGCUGGCUGCCAAGUUUAACGCAAGCAUUCGCUCCCUGCCUCGCUGCUCCUUGCUUGAUAUGUUUGUGUUGGACUCCAGCACUGACUCCACUUCAGGGACCGAGGUAAAUCAGAUUGUGCUGGGAACAUCCAUUACAUUGAGUGGUCCAGCCACAGCAGUGUGCAACUGUUCCUCAGACAUUUUACAGUACAGCCCAGGAAACAUUCACUGGACUAUCAUGGUACCCUCCUGUCCAACUCUAGCCAACAAAGAAAGCAAGAAGAUUCUAGACAGCGUGGAGCACUGGAAGUGCCCUGCUGACUUCACCCUGCAGGGUGGGGACAGUGGUUGUUCCUACUCCGAGGCCCCCACUUGUCGUAGGCUUACCGACUGUUUAGGUUCAGAGGAUCCCACUGAAAUAAGUUCUACCAUUACCACUUCAAAACUACCUCCUCCAUCUCAAGCUACCUCAACCAUUUCAUCCUCAUCAUCAGAGGACCAUCAAAGGACAGAGAAAACUAGCACUGUGCCAACAGAUGUGGUUACAUAUGUGCAGACAACACCAAAAAACAACAACAUUCUCUCUACAGUCAGUACAACAACACAGACAACUGCCACAGACUCAGUCACAGGCACUACAGGGUUUUCUGGGCACUCUGUCGAUACAUCUACUCUUUCUCCCAAGUUCACAUUAACCACAGACAAUGUAGUCACACAAACAACAUCAGCACCCAUAUCAACAGAAAAAUCAACACCUCUAACACAUUCAGUAGCAAGUACAACUCAGUCUCCAACAAUGUCUGUUACUGAGGUUCAAUCAACAUCUGAAGCUUCAACUUCAUCAGAAUCAACUUUCUCUGCCGAAACAAGUACAGACCCAUCAACAACUGAAGGAACAUUAACAACUACAACUAAAGUUAUAGCAACUUUAUCAACUACAACAAGUGAUACCCAAACAUCACUCAAUGUCGAUACAAAAACAACAAUGGAAACUGGUAUUACUACUGGAGCACAGACAGUGGCUUCAACAACUACUAAAUCUACUACAACUGAGGAUUCCACAACUAGCAAGGCACCAGUGAUAACCGACAAUCCCAGUACUAAACAUACAACAGUUGGAACCACUACUAGCCAAGGAUCAACAACAGCAUUUGAAACUAGCACCACAAGUCAAGUACCCUCAUCUGAAACACCACUAAGCACAGGAGUGCAAACAUCACUGCAGACAACUACAACCAAGGCUACAGCAUCAACAGAGACUGUGAACCCAACGACAGGGGGACUAACAAGUCAAGAUACAACCACAACAGAAAUUACAACUAUAAGUGAUACACAAACAAUAAAAAGUUCUACAACAACAAAUAUCAACACAGGCUCCAUGGCUUCAACAUCUGUAGCAUCAUCUAAUACAGCCCAAACAACAGAAUCUUCUCCAACUGUAAGUAAAGACUACAGAAACACACAGUCUGAGGCUUCCACAACAACUACGCCAUCCAUUUUAGAUACGGCUUCUUCUUCUGAUGCUGCAACUUCUACCCUGGAUUCUACCACAACAACUGUGAAAACUGAAACUAUAAAAACAACUGAAUCAGAAACUACAACGAAAGAAGUAUCUCAGCCUACAUCUCCAUCAGUAUUUACAACUGAAACAGACACUGUAACUUCAGCAGUUAGAUCAACUAUGACUGAUUUACCAAACACAAAAGGGCCUUCAACAUCCACUACAACCAAAGAUAAUCUUCUAACUACAUCAAUUUCAACAGUAGCAAACUCUACAGAGACAAGUACAAACACAAUUUCAGAUGUACCACUAUCUACCACUUCAACACCACAAAGCACAAGCUCCACAACAGUUGCUUCUACUGCACAAUCUUCAACUACACUGCAAAGUACUAUCACAGCCCAACCUCAAAUUACCACUACACCAUCACAAACUUCCAGCAUUGAACCCCAAACCUCGAUCAAACAAUCACAAACUACAACCACACAGCCAUUUACCACAACGCCACAAACUACCAUGGCACCUCAAACUACCACAAACACUCCUCUAUCUACACAAACAACUCUCCCAACUACAUCAAAACCAAGUACAACACAAUAUGGUACCAGCACUACUCCUCAAUCUUCUUCCAAAAUAUCCCAAACUAGUACUACUCAAUCUCAAAAGACUACCUUAACCUCUGAGGCCAAUACAGGUCACCAGAGCACCACCACAACUAUUCAAACAACUACUACAACACCUCAAAUAACAUCAACUUCAAUUUAUUCAACCUCAACAAUACCAGAAACUACUUCCUCAUUUGAUCAAAAUACCACAACCACCCAAAUUACUACCACAACACCCCAGAUUACAAGUACAUCACCUCAAACUACCACUACAACACCUCAGACAACCACAACAUCACCUCAAACUACCACUAUAACACCUCAGAAUACCACUACAUCACCUCAAACUACCACAACAACACCUAAGACUACCACUUCAUCACCUCUAACUACCACUACAACACCUCAAACUACAACAUCACCUCUAACAACAACAACACCUCAAUCUACCACUACAAAGCCUCUAACUACCACUACAACACCUCAAACUACAACAACAGCACCUAUUACAACCACUACAACACCUCUAACUACCACUACAACACCUCAAACUACAACAACAUCACCUUUAACAACAACAACACCUCAAACUACCACUGCAAAGCCUCUAACUACCACUACAACACCUCAAACUACAACAACAGCACCUAUUACAACCACUACAACACCUAAAACCACCACCACCACAACACCUCUAACAACCACUAUGACGCCUGAAACUACCACAACUACAACACCUCUAACAACCACCACCACACCUCAAACUACCACAACAACACCUCUAACAACUACAACAACUCCUGAAACAACCACCACCACAACACCUUUAACAACAUCUACGAUGCCUGAAAUUACCACCACCACAGUGCCUUUAACAACCACUAGAACACCUGAAACUACCACCACACCUCUAACAACCAUCACCACCACAACACUUCAAACUACCACUACAACACCUCAAACUACCACAACAACAUCUCUAACUACCACUACAACACCUGAAACUACCACCACCACAACACCUUUAACAACCACUACAACACCUGAAACUACCACCACCCCAACACCUUUAACAACAACUACAACACCUGAAGCUACCACCACCUCAACACCUGAAACUACCACUACAACACCUCUAACAACCACUAUGACGCCUGAAACUACCACCACCACAACACCUCAAACUACUACCACAACACCUCUAACAACCACUACAACACCUCAAACUACCACAACAACAUCUCUAACAACCACUACGAUGCCUGAAACUACCACCACUACAACACCUCAAACAACCACUACAACACCUCAAACUACCUCCACUACAACACCUCAAACUACCACAACAACAUCUGUAACAACCACUACAAUGCCUGAAACUACCACCACUACAACACCUCAAACAACCACUACAACACCUGAAACUACCACCACUACAACGCCUCAAACUACCUCUACUACACCUCAGACAACCACUACCACACUAAAAACUACCACCACAACAGCACCUCAGACUACCACUACUGCAACACCUGAAACUACCACUACAACAACUCAGACUACCACAACAACACCUCUAACAACCACUACAACACCCCAAACUAUCACAACUACAUCUCUAACAACCACUACGAUGCCUGAAACUACCACCACAACAACACCUCUAACUACCACCACAACACCUCAGGCUACCAUUACAACACCUCAAACUACUACUACAACACCUCUGACCACCACCACAACACCUCAAACUACCACAACAACUCAAACCACCACCACAACACCUCAAACUACCACUACAACACCUCAGGCUACCACUACAACACCUCAGACUACCACCACCACCACAACUCUGACCACCACCACCACUACACCUCAAACUACCACUACCAUUCCAUCUACUGCACAAACUACAACCACUGUGGCACCAGUUCCUGAAACUACCACUCCUGGAACAACGUUGCCGUACUCAAUACCUCCCCUACAUUUUGGGACGUACUGGACAUAUAGAUACCCAGCAUCAGCCAAUGAGGAGCCAGGCUGUCAGGAGUACAUUAGUGGAGAAUAUAUAAAUGCCUUUACUUCAAGCAAAAGAGCUCUUGAAAGUGAAAGAAAACCUAAAACUUGCAAAUCGAUUACUAUGUCCAUCAUAAGGGAAGAACCCUCCUCCCUCAACAAAGAGUUUAUUUUUAUUCUGAAAAUUGGAUUUUCUGGAAGUGUAAAAGAUUCUGUAGAAUCUUGUGCCCGUGAUUUCAAUAGCACAAUAAACAACAAAGUCACUGCCCUCUUUGAUGAAAUGCUGAACACUAUUGACCAGUGCCAGAGUGUCUACCCCCGCACUGACCUUACUCUGACCAAGCGCAGUGAGUGGAUGUGCUCCAGUGAGAACUACAGAUAUGACUCCAUUCAGCAUCUCUGUAUCCUGGACACCACCAGGGCCGCCGCGGCUUUUGUAGCCACAAGUCUGACAGACACUGAGCCAGACGUGGUAACUCAGAUGAUACCACAGUUACGGCCUGCCACAAGUACUCAGCCAGUUGUUUAUACCACCACAACUCAUGUGCCAAGUUCUACAAGCAUUGUGCCUACCAUCUCUACAACACAGACCCCUGUGACACCUGAUCAGACCCCAUUCUUUGUUAAUGAAGUAUACUUCAAGUUCCAAACCUAUGACUUGACAAAGGAAUGUGAAAAUGAACUGAAGGAGAGAAUUGAACGGUCCGUGGGUGAAGCCAGUCGAGCCAUCAUACAGCUUCUCCCUGAACUCCCUCUGUGUCGCGACAUUACUGAUGCCGAGCUGAUCAAAACCAAAUCAAUGCUGUCUUAUGAUGCAAUGUUGCCCUAUAACCAGUCUGACCAGUUUGAUCUUAGGUUCUUGGCGAACGAGACGACGGCUCCCACACCCAAUGAGAUAUUAUUGACUGUGCCAUUUGUUUUACGAACCCGAAAUUUCUCUUUGGAUAAAUUGGAGAACUGUAUUAAUCAGAGUAUAAGAAGUCUCCUAGAAGUCGGCUUUCAGAACAAUAUUUCCCACCAGAUCGGAUCAAUCCCACAGAAAAUCUGUAACAGGAUCAAUCAGAGUGACCUCAGCUACACGAUGGACAUCCAGUGUCCUAGCCCCUUCCGAUUUAGUCACCAAGCCAGGCGCUGCUAUACUUUACCUCUAGCCUAUAUGCCCAUUAGAGUGUACAUUAUACAAGUAACAUUUUCCCUGACUAAAUCUUAUUCCAACAACUGCCAUUCAUCUUAUCAAAGGUCGAUCAGAAGGCAACUGGCGACACAAAAUGUGAAUAUGCUGAAGAAUGGCUUGCAUGACAUGUGUCUUAGGUACAAUGUGGUGGUCAAAGUUGACACAGUUGUUAAUAAUUUAAGCUUUGGUGGCAGUGAUAAACUUGUUGGUAAUGUAAGUGUCGUUCUGAUGGCCACCUCAGAGGACCCCGAUUACAAUGUCUGUAUGGGGUCAGAGUUACAUAACUACAUGUUCACCAAGACGGUGGUCCCUGGGGCCCUGGUUAUACCUACAGACAGUCCAGGGGAGUGUGGCAACCUCACAUGGGAGAAGGGUGAACCGAAGGUCCAAGUACCAAGCACCUGUUUGAGGAACUACAAGUUCAAUGAAACACUGCAGAGAUGUAUUGAGGAUAGAACAGCCAUGUUAAAGUUACAGUACGACACCAGUAUUGAGUGGAGCAGCCCUCCCUCCUCAGAGUGUCUGAGUAAUGUGGCGAACCAGAUGAAGGGCUACAUGAACAUGGCUUUCAGCAAUACAAGCAACUCUGUUGAUUGCUCUCAGAUAUAUAGAAGGAUUGAUGUUGCGGUCCCGGGGGACCAGAUUUCACUGAAUAUAAGCCUCGUUCCAUUCGAAUGGAACCGAACACGUGCAGAGAAUUGCCUUUUGCAACUUUGGCUAUUCAACUCAAAGCUUUUUAAUGAUCGAUUCAUUCCAGAUCUCAGCAACACUUGUCAAGUACGUUCGUACCAGGAUUUAAAUGGGAGUAGCACUUAUAUCUGCAUUCAUCUUGACUACUACUGGAAUGCAAGCACUAAAAGCUGUGUUCGAGGAAAAAGUAGAAAGAAAAGAAGCAGACCAUAUCCAAAAAGUGUGAUAAUGUGGGGACAAUCAGAGGGGGAGAAAUGGACAUUGAGUAGAGGAAGACAUCGACAGAAACGAAGCGCAAGUCUGAAUACAUCCACAGAGGAAAUUGUGGCUAGGUGGCUUCCAGAAGCUCCAUUAUGUCAAGACCAACAUCCUCCAGUGUUUUCUCACUGUCAAGGAAUCCUCAACAUAACAAUGGGCAAGAAUGGGCCUGUGCCCUUCAAUUAUUCCCUGCCCUUUGCCACCGAUAACUCGGGGGUGCCUCCUAUCAUGUCCUACCACCCCGCUGAUAUCUUCAGACAGCCUUACCUACUGCAGAAUCAGACACAUAUCAACAUCACUGCCAAGGAUCAGAGUAACAAUAGCAGGCUGUGCUCAAUCUUCUUGGGACAAGUGGACGACAUACCUCCAGACGUAACCUGCCCUGAUGAGGUGGUAGUGGAGAAAUACAACACGAUAUCUGACCGGGCCAACAUCUCUGUCAUUCAGAGAGCCACCGCCUGGGACUACAGUGGUACCGGUCCCAUCUCUUACCAUUAUGAGGGCAGGCACUCGGAGCUUCCCCUGAGACAUUUCAUCAAUGUCACAGCCUCGGCCUCUGAUAGCAAAGGCAAUACAGGAACUUGUCAUUUUCUGUAUGAGGGCAAGAGAGGUGAUGUGAAUGCAAAUGGAAUGGUAGCCUUGAACUUUUCCUACUCUUUGGAUAUUCCGAGUGAUUCAUGUAGGAAAAAUGUAUCCAUGUUGAUCUACAAUGAUGUUCUGAGAAUUGCCAACAACACUUGCAUCAAGAAUGCCGAGCUGUAUCUAGGUUAUGAAAUUCAGGCCAAUGUAACGCAGGGUGACCAAUCAUUCCUCUAUACUCUUCACGUUACUGAAAAACGUACAAACAAGGGAAAAGUUAUCAAGGAGGACUCCCUUGUGAUACAAGUUCUCGUGAUCCAGUUAAAUGUCCACCGACAGAUAUUUUUCCAGUGCAUGGACAACUUUACCCAACAGCUGGUGCAGAAAUAUCAGACUGGUUCCUACCCCCAAUACUCAGACUGUGGGGAGGUGAACAUCACCCUGACCGCUUCACGACAAGCCAUUGAAUGCCCCGUAGACAGUGUGCUCAACAAGACCGACCCAAUUUGUAAUCAAUGUGAUCUUGGUUACUAUGCCAACCAGAGCAGCCAAUCGUGUGAUCGUUGUCCCAGCCUGGAGAGUGGGAUCUUAAUCCCGUGGGACUGUAAGCUGUGUGACUCAGACCCAAACACCACUUCAUGUCUCAAGCCCUGUCAGCCAGGAGAAUACUCUGAGAACGGACUACAGCCCUGUAUUAGGUGUCCUCGGGGUGAAUACACCAACCAGCAACGGGCCAGGUCCUGUGUAGCAUGUAGUAAUUGGAUGUCCACUGAGAAAUCCGGGGCCGUCAGCUCAGCACAGUGCAAAACGAAGUGUCCUGCGGGACAGUACAGUGACACAGGGCUGGAACCUUGCUUGAACUGUCCGUGGAACCACUUUUCCAGCUCAGAGAUGUCCACCAAUUGUACCCUCUGUCCUCAGGGCCUGGUGACAGACGGUGUGGGAAAAUCCAGCUCAUCAGAUUGUCAAGUGGUUGAUUUCUGUGACAAGAAUCCCUCACCUUGUCAGAAUGGAGGGAUGUGUCAGUCAGACCUGCAGAACAAUUGGUACAGCUGUGUUUGUUCUCAGGGGUACCACGGCUAUCACUGUGAGGAUAGCUACAAUGUGUGUGACAGAGAGCCUUGUCUUAAUGGAGGGACAUGUAGUGUCCAGAACAACAGCCCUGUCUGCCUGUGCCCAACAGGUUACACCGGUGACUUCUGCGAGUCCCCCCUGUCCCAUUGCUCCUGUGUCCAUGGAACUUGUAGACUGAAUGAGGGGGAAUAUCAAUGUAACUGUUAUGAAGGAUUCACAGGACCAAGUUGCUCCAUUGACAUUGAUGAGUGCUCAUCCAAUCCAUGUCUCCAUGGAGGUAGAUGCAUUGAUUUGAUUGGUCAAUACCAGUGUGAUUGUUCGGAGACUGGCUAUUCAGGAAUCAACUGUACGUCCAAAGAGUCGGACACAGUCAGUACCUGCUUCAAUAACGGGGUCAAGCACCCGGUCAGCGGCAAGUGUUCCUGUCUCCCAGGAUACACUGGGUCAGAGUGUGAGGCCCUGGUGGAUGAAUGUCAGCACAGUUUCUGUGGAGAGAAUGGAGACUGUAUUGAUGGCAUCGACAACUUCACCUGUGUCUGCAUGCCUGGAUUCACUGGGAAAUACUGCAACAACAACUUGGAUGAGUGUUCAGCCAACCCCUGCAUGAACAACGCUAGCUGUAUCCCAGGGAAAAAUGACUUCAGAUGUGCAUGCCCCCCAGGGUUUGAGGGAAAGAGGUGUGAAAUCAAUAAAGAUGAAUGCUCCCCAUUUCCUUGUAACUUGACCACCGCCGUGGACUGUAUUGAUGGGAACAAUGACUACAGCUGUGUCUGUAGGGAAGGAUGGACAGGAAAAUGGUGUCAGACAAGAAUCCACAGCUGUCCCCAGCCAUGUCAGAACGGAGGUACCUGUAACACUGAAGCAGAGAGGUGUGACUGUGUGGCAGGAUUCACCGGGCCCUACUGUCAGGUGGAGAUAGAUGAGUGUGACAGCCAGCCCUGUCUAAAUGGAGGGGUCUGUGUAGACCAGGUGAAUGGGUUUACCUGUACCUGUCCCCAGGGCUACACCAACAAGACCUGUGAUGUCAAUGUCAAUGACUGCCACCCUAAUCCAUGCAUAAAUGGGGGCACCUGUCUAGAUCUUCUCAAUGGAUUUGCCUGCAGCUGCCCGCCGGGAUUCACAGGCAGUGACUGUACGGAACAACUUAAACACUGUAGUUCUCUCCCUUGCCAAAAUGGAGGGACGUGCAUGGAAUCGGGCCUUCAUGGCUACCUCUGUAUCUGUGACACUGGUUAUACUGGCCACAACUGUUCAGAAGACAUCAUCACGUGUGAGUCGGGUCCCUGUCAGAAUGGUGGCUCCUGUACGGACGGUGAGAAAGGGUUCAACUGUAGCUGUACCACGGGGUUCACAGGGAGGAGGUGUGACGUCCAGUCAGACCCCUGCCUUCAUCAGAACAUCUGUCAAAAUGGUGCAACCUGUAGAAACGGAACCUGUCUCUGCACACAACAAUAUACUGGAUUUGAUUGUGGAAAAGUGAAAUCGUCUGAUUUUGACCUGUUUUUCCACGGCUUGAACGGAUCAUCUAGUUCUGCCUGGAUCUCUGUGGAGAAUGAAAUGUCUGUCUGCUUGUGGGUGCGGUCCUUCAAAGCCGGCCAAAAUAAAAACAUUCUCACCCUAGCAGUAAAUGACACACAUGAAAUUUUGGAGAUUCAAGAGAAGAACUAUUCAGUGACCUAUAACAGCAAGACUUGGUUUGGACCCUCUAGCCUGAACAAUGGCCACUGGAACCAUGUGUGCUUUACUUGGAGCAAGAAAAAUUCCAACUCAUGGUCGCUCUAUUUUAAUGGCUCCAAGAUAAAAAGUGACAACCAGAUGAGCUUGCCUAGUCGGGUGAGGAUAUUACUUGGCCAGCCAUUACGUCAGGAGCCCGGUCAGGUCCAGUUUUAUGGAGAGGUCAGCCAACUACUGGUGUUCCCAGAACAAAUAGGGGAGACCUACAUCUCAAGUUUGUCCAAGACCUGUCUCCCCGGGACAGGCUUCACACACACCUGGCUGGAGCUGCUAGCCAACAUCAGGGGGGACCUGGAGGUGAUCGAACCCUCGGCCUGUGGGGGAGAGCGCUGUCCACCGGGCUAUAAAGGAUAUGACUGCAGCAUCAGGGUGGACAAGAAUCCCCCCACAGUCCAUGGCUGCCCCGGGGAUUUCCGUGUGGUCAGUCAGAGCAGACUGAGCCAAGUUAACUGGACAGAGCCGAUUUUCUCGGAUGAUGUUGGAGUAAUCAAUGUGUUCCAAACUCACCGACCAGGUGAAGUCCUGGCCUAUGGGGAAUAUGCCAUCACUUAUGUUGCCUUUGAUGCUGCCAACAACACUGCUAACUGUAGCUUCCAUGUUGCUGUCACUCCCUUUGAUUGUGAAAUACCAGAGGUCCCAGAAGGGGUAAAUCACAGCUGCUGGAGUUCAGGGAGUCGUAGGUACUGCUGGUUGUCCUGUGAGGACCCCCACACCCACACCUUUAGUGAACCUGUCCCCCAGUCCUACCAGUGUGGCCUCUCCGGACUGUGGGACCCACCCAGAGGAGACAACUUCACCUUCCCUGCUUGUGCUGCGUUCUCCCCACCUGCUGCGGGAGUGACGGGGACCAUUAGUUUUGACGGCCCUGAAUGUACAGAUGAUCUGACACAGAGACUGAAGCAGAUCUUCAGUCAAACCAUGGCCAAAUGGAACCGUGAGUUUGGACUGUGUCCGGGUCAAGGCUGUAACAUGAUCGUCAAGAUCCACUGCUCCGGAGACAUCAGUUCCCGCAGGAAGCGUAGACAGGUUCCAGACAACUCAUACCUCGUCCGAUUCAAUUUCCCUGUAAACAAGACGUCUUUGGAGACAACAAGUCUGCAGCCAUUGGACAGUAUUAAGACCUACGUGAAGAAAGGCGAGUUUAACACUGAUGGUUUUGUUGCCAAGAAUGACUCUGUGAUCGUCACCACACAGUGUAACUGUAUGGAAGGACAGAUGCUGAAACGCAUGGACAGCACGGAAUACUGUGUGAAUUGUGCCAUGGGAAGCUUUCACAACCAAACAUCUAGUACAUGUGAGUUGUGUCCAAUCGGCUUUUAUAACGACCAAGAACGUCAGACUAACUGCAUCCCGUGUUCUCCGGGUCAAACUACUCAAGACCCAGGGGCAAAGUACAUCUCACAAUGCUACACUGUGUGCCCAGCUGGACAGUAUGCGGAGGAUGUGACCAAUGUGUGUAGGAAGUGUCCCCGGGGGUACUACCAGGAAGCCUCGGGGCGGAGGAUGUGUCGGUCGUGUCCCAGCGGCCAGAUGACCGCCCAGGAGGGAGCCACCUCAGCAGACCAGUGUACAUCUGGAUGCCUCGCGGGGCAGGAGCUGUCUGUCAGUGGGGUGUGUGUACUGUGUAGACAUGGCUUCUACAAGGCUCAGUCUGACCAGGCCUCCUGUCAGUCCUGUCCCUACGGCACCACCACACCAGACACUGGUGCCACCUCAGUCAUCCAUUGUAACAUCACUGUGUGUCCUGCUGGGUCGUUCUCCUCCAAGAACCAGUGCACCCUGUGUCCUCUAGGUCAGUACCAGCCCGCCCGUGGUCAGUCACGGUGUCUGAGGUGUCCGACCGGUCGGACCACUCUACUGGAGGGAAGUCGUCACCCCUCUGACUGUGUGGUUGGAAACGUCAACGAAUGUCAGACCUCUGUAGCAGAGUGUGGCCCGAAUGAAGUGUGUCGGGAUACCUCGGAGUACUACAGGUGUGAUUGUAAGGAAGGAUUCACACGUGAAGAUGGUGGGAACUGUACAGAGAUUAACAGAAAAGUCAAUAUACAAACAGAUGACAACACUGGUCUGAUUGUGGGGUCCACAGUGGGGGCUGGAGUGUUCAUUCUGUUCAUUGUAGCAGUGGUUCUCGUCAUAUGCUGCAGGAAAAAUGAGAAGGAGUGUUUACGACAUGAGGCUAACCCAUACCGCCAGAACCCUGUGGUGGUGAUGCCGGUGCACCCCGCUCCAGUGUUUACAAACCGGACUUUCGCCUCCAGCCGCUCCAGCAGUCUGUCACUUGCUGGCUCCGACAUGGAACUGAGUCCGGUAAUGUCUCCAUUUCGCUGGCAUCAGAGUUCUUACCCCGAGACUGAAACAGACCUAUUACCAUCCUUCUGGCCUGACGAGCCACUGAACAUCUCUGACUCCUCAGAAAAUGGAUCCACUGAAGGAGGGCGGAGCUCCAGUAGUGGAUUCGAUGUCAACUCAGAUUCCUACUUCUGAAGUUUAUCUCGGAGUACCAUAAUUCCGUGUUACAGACAGUAUCUCAGAACACUUGUCUUCAGAAAAACCAAAAAAUGUUGGUGAAAAGCCCAGCACUGCUCAAACUUGAAACAGUGCACCUGGCGGACCAAGACAUAGUUGACCAAGCUUAGAGGAGGAUCCAUCAAUAGAUGGGAUACUAAGAAACUGGAUAGGAUACCAAGAAACUGGAUAGGAUACCAAGAAACUGAUGUGAUACCAAGAAACUGAUGUGAUACCAAGAAACUUAAUACCAAAAAAUGCCACAAUUACCAAAAUAUUUGAAUAAAGAUGAGCAUUAUUGGAUUACCAAACUAUUUUACCACCCACUGUUUGUGAUGUUGAUAUUUAGGAAUAUUUACACAUUAACGAUUCAAGCCUCAUCAGAACAAUUUGGCAGGGAUCUAGUGUGCCAUACAAAGUCUCGAUACCAGUGAAGUGAUGAACUAGUCAAAGAGGGAACUAGUCACACAUCAAUGUCUUCAAUUUUAAAAGGUGUUAAAAUAUUUCAUACAUACAUGUAUAUUUAUUGCGUGUGUUAACUAUGUGAUAGAGAGGGGAGACUAGAAAUGUCCCAGUGUUACUCAUUUCAUGCAUCAUUUCUUUGAUUCUUCACAAACUGUUAUGAUAAGUAGAUUUUUGUGUCCAAGUUUUUCAUUCUCCACAUUUCACCAUCAUUUCAGACACAUUCCUUUUAUUUCAAGGUUGAGUUUUAAGGAAUGUGCCAUCUUAUUUAUAGUGUUAUUGACUUGAAACAUGCAGACACCAUAUAAUGUAUUAUUGGUGGGUGUCUUGUGUAAGUGUUCACUUGGCAAGAAAAGACUUCAGAGGAGACCGUAGACCAGAGAAAUGGAGGAAGACAACGCAUAUGAAAUUGUUCAUCACCCCAUCUUUGUACUACAGAGAAUGGGCAAACUGUUGUGUUCAGAAAGGAAUCGGGACCUUUCCAUUAAAGCUAUUAGUCUUUAUAACCGCUGCACUUGUAUGCAUACAAAUGGUGCAAUAAUCAAGAAUUUGUUCAACAAAAUGCAAUUUUUAGUUGAUCAGUGACUUGUCCUGAUUGUGAGGUGUAUAUAGAACCUGUAAGUGUUAAUUAAUUUAUCAGUUGUUCUGAGUGUGAUCGGUGUAUAUUGGUGUAUAUUUAUACAGUUUGUAUAUAUCAUUUUAUCUAUUUUGAUUGAUUGAUUGAUUGAGAGAGAGAGAGAGAGAGAGAGAGCAUACUAGUAUAUUAUUUCAAAUGGCAGGUCCAAGUAAUAGUGUGCUGAACGCUCAAUGAUUUAUGUAUAUAUGAUAGUUUGAAAUGUUUAACUUAUACUUUUACCAUAUUAAUGGUUUAUGAUAUAGACACAUUUUGCUGCAUGAAAGCCAAUCUGGUCAGACUGGGAAAGGCUUAAUCAAAAUGUUUAUUUGUUUUUCUCAUCUUUUCUUUGUCAUUUUAUUAAGAUUAUUAUAUUGUUUUAAUCAUGUUUUUAAUAUACAAAAUGCAUGUAAUUGUACCAUUGAGUUUUUUUUAAACAGAACCCUAUUAUGUUCAUUUUCAAUGCUGAUUAUAAACAAUUCAAAUCAUUGUUAUUUUACAAGUGUGCCUUAGAAUAUUGAGAGUUCUAUUUGUGUAUCAUUUGACAGACAUUGAGUGAAGGUUAAUAUUUAUUAGAUGCCCACUUCAGUAGGUGCUAAUGUUCAUUGACACAGAUAUAGUGCUCCAGCAACAUUCCAGGUGAUCAUCAAACACAGCAAUUUUUGUCACAUACCUAGAAUACGCCGCUAUACCCAUCGCCUUCGAUCAAACCAAAUAUUUGUGAAGCUAAUUAAAUGACUAGUGUUUAUGAAAGUUCUCCCAACUACUUCGGUUAAUGGAGAAACGAUUGUUAUAUACUGAUCGAUAAUUUAAAAUGUGCCAAAGUUCAUAAAAUUUAAGGUGUUUUAUUUCCUUGUUUCAAUGAGUGUUGUAUCUAAGCAAUCAGUCUAGUCUGUAGGCCCUAUAACCCUCAUCUCCUACUCUGAGUGAUUUUAUUGUAAUAAGGUAACUAAUUGCAUACCAAAAAAAGCCUUAUCGCCCAAAUUUGCAGUAAAAGUUUCAUUUAACAUAUAUACAAGUAAAUGUCUGCAAAAUGACUGCUUCAUGAACCACAAAUAUUAAGACUAUUCUGAAGACACCUCCGUUUUUUGCUGUAUCCUGUUUAUAUCAUUAUUUUGUAGCCUUGUUUGCAAUGGUUUACGUCAUUGGUGUUCAUCACUACAAUCAGAACCUCACUCACACAAUCAAAAUGGUGGACGAAUCGCGUCCAUUUUGUAUCACCUCUUUGUAGAACCAAUUGUGAUAAGUUUGAACUUGUGCCAUAAUGAAAAAUGAAUAAAUCUUAAUACCAGA